GCAAGUCUAGUUCUUUUUCCUCAGACUCAUCAGUGCUUAAUUUGUUUUUGUAACUAUAUAAUUUUUGCCUAUGCAUGCAGUCUGUCAUCUGGAUUGUGAGUCCGGCCAGUCCAAAUUCCAGAGGAGAUCAUGCUAACAAUAUCCUUGCCCUCGUUGUCCUCCGUUGGUAUGUUCCAAGAGCAUUUCAAAUCUACCCUCUAAACAGAUGCAUCAUAAAAACUACAGGAGCAGCUGCUAAGUCUUCUUGGGCUGUAGCUAUAUACAAUCUCCAAUGCUGCAAAAGUUCUAGCUUUUGCGCUGCAAACUUUGUUGCGCAUCAGUUCAAGCGGCUUCAGAACAAGAAGCUCCAGCAAGCCUUUAGGUACUACUCUCACCAAUGGAGGACAUGGGGUGCAUGCUUCAUUCAGUUUGCUUGGAGAAGUGAGAUAGCAGAAGGAAAUUUUGAGGAUGGGAGCUGUGAGAGGACAUUAACUGACAAUCCUAAUAAUGUUCAGCAUCUUGGAGACACAAUAUUGGCCUCAAAGUUUGCCGCGAAUACUAGUAAAGGAUCCUAUCAGAAGACUAGUGUGAUCGAUUCAUCUUCUAACAGCUUAAAGAUGCCACAGUUGCUUAGGCCGGAUAUGAGCCUGAUUUCUCUGUGGGCUACGAGGAAGUUUAGUCAGCACGAUAACAAGUUAGAAACUUUGUAUCACAUUUAUGUAAAUUACCUUGCAGAGUAGGUUUUUCUUUUUCUUAUCUUUUCUUUUCUUUUUUUUCUUAUGUCGGAUAAUAGUUUAUACAACAUGAAAUAGCUUUUUUCUUUCCAAAUCCCUCAUUGGAUUCAAAUUAGAGAUCUCUAAUAUAGAGAUUUAAGUUUU